AAUUACAAACCAGUUAACUGCCAAAAGUUCGCAAUGGCUUAUUUACUUUUAACCGCUUUGACAAUUUUCGUCACUUUCUGCUGGGCACAAACAGCUGAGAUUGUCACCGAUAGUCCCCUCAUCACGGGUAGGCUGCCUAACAGUUUGUCCUAUUCACCCAACUACCCAAGUAGUUGCGCGGAGGCGCUGACUGGCUCAGCACAGAGUGGCAUUUAUCAAUUAUAUUUAUCCGAGUGGCUGGCACACCCAUUCUACGUGUAUUGCUUGAAAGAUCCUAACGGUGGUGAUGCCUGGACGGUGAUUCAACGGCGGCAGAGCGAGCUGGUGGAGUUCUAUCGCAAUUGGCAUGAUUAUCAGACCGGUUUUGGUAAUUUAGAUGGCAAUUUCUUUAUCGGCUUGAAUAAGUUGCAUGCAUUGACCCAAGUGCGGCUACAAGAAUUAUGGAUUGAAUUGAUGGACUAUACGGGCACUACAGUCUAUGCGAAAUACGAAAGCUUUGCUGUAGGCAAUGAAGAGGAGAAGUAUGCGCUGAAUAUGUUGGGGAAAUUUUCAGGUACCGCUGGCGAGGCAUUAAAGGGCUUUCAUGAUGGUCAAAAGUUUAGCACCUAUGAUCAGGAUAACGAUGAAUAUAAGGACAAUUGUGCGGAGAUUUGGAAGGGCGCUUGGUGGUACAAGGAUUGCUGGUGGAGUAAUUUAAACGGCAAAUACAACAAUACGCUAUUCUGGAAUGGACGUUAUCCAAAUGCCAUGAAGUAUACUCAAUUAGCGAUUAGACCGAGGAAGUAAACUUGUAUUGCAGCAAAUGGAUUUUGUUAUGAAAAGUUCAGAGGUUUAUUAUGAUUU